AUGGUAGAACCGUUGAAAGAAUAUUUGGAUAAACUAGAUGAGCUGCCGCCACUCAUGGUCAAAAGUGCUGAAGAGAUUCGAGAGCUUGAUGAGAAGGUCGAGAAAAUCGUCUACGAGAUCCAGCUUCAAAUGGUUGCACAUAUUAAAAAUUUGAAGAAACUCACAAAGGAACAGAAAACAAAGUGGUAUAAGGAGACUCAGGCAAUGUAUAGAGAAGCAGACAAGCUCAGUGAAAGAAAGGUUAAACUAGCACAGAAGUUAUACGAUGUAAUCGACACACAUAUCAAAGAGAUGGACCAGCAAAUUGCUGAAUUUCACGAGUUUCAGUGCAAGAAGUAUAACGCGGAUCAUCCAGAGAGCGCAGGUUCGUCCUCGGAUGCUCAAAAGAGGAAAUCCAGUGCGGCCAGUGUGAGGACAGAAAAAAGGAAAAGGCCUGUCGAUGCCAAAGCAACUCGUCUUGCUGAGAAUUCUGCAUUCACUGAUCCAUAUAAGCAAUCCGCCAUAACACCAGUUGAUAUGCCAGUUGAUCCCAAUGAGCCUACGUAUUGUUUUUGCCAUCAGGUCGGUUUUAUUUCGAACGCUCUUGGUUGUAUUGAAAUUCCUGAAUGA